CGGGGCUGGGAGCGCGGGGCGCAGACUGAGCGGGCGCGCUGGAGGAGCUCGCAUGUGGUCAGCGCCAGGCUCCUAAGCCAGCCCCCGGCUCACGUUACACUCUAUUUAUAACCUCCCAGAGCCCUUCCUCCCCCCCCCACCCCACCCCCCAGGCGUAUAGUUCUCUGGGACCACCUUCUUUUGGCUUCGACCGCUCCCACUCUUGACAUCCGAGUCGCUCGGAGGGAAGCUCCUCUGGGUCCCAGUGUUUAUAUGUGAAGGAGACCGGCCCGAGGGUUUAGGACAGGGAUUACACGAGCGCUGCCGGAAAGCCCGCGCGGCUCUGGCCUGGGGACACAGGGGCGGCGUAGGGUGCGGGGGAAGCCACACGAUUGCCACGGAGAAGCGCCCGCAGGCUGGUGGUGCCAGCGUUGGUGCGGUCGUCUUGAAGUCUUCCCGCCUGGAGCCCGCGACUUGCAUGCUAUGGAACACCCGCUCUUUGGCUGCCUGCGCAGCCCGCACGCCACGGCGCAAGGCUUGCACCCGUUCUCUCAGUCGUCGCUCGCCCUGCACGGGAGAUCCGACCACAUGUCCUACCCGGAGCUCUCCACUUCGUCGUCCUCGUGCAUCAUCGCGGGAUACCCCAACGAAGAGGGCAUGUUCGCCAGCCAGCACCACCGGGGCCACCACCACCACCACCAUCACCACCACCACCACCACCAGCAGCAACAGCACCAGGCGCUGCAAACCAACUGGCACCUCCCGCAGAUGUCCUCCCCGCCCAGCGCGGCGCGCCACAGCCUCUGCCUGCAGCCGGACUCCGGAGGGCCCCCGGAACUGGGCAGCAGCCCGCCGGUCCUGUGCUCCAACUCCUCCAGCCUGGGCUCCAGCACCCCGACUGGGGCCGCUUGCGCGCCGGGGGACUACGGUCGUCAGACGCUGUCACCCGCGGAGGUGGAGAAGCGAAGCGGGGGCAAGAGGAAAAGCGACAGCUCAGAUUCCCAGGAAGGAAAUUACAAGUCUGAAGUCAACAGCAAACCCAGGAAGGAAAGGACAGCAUUUACCAAAGAGCAAAUCCGAGAACUAGAAGCAGAAUUUGCCCAUCACAACUAUCUGACUAGACUGAGGAGAUACGAGAUAGCAGUGAAUCUGGAUCUCACCGAAAGACAGGUCAAAGUGUGGUUCCAGAACAGGCGGAUGAAGUGGAAGAGGGUAAAAGGGGGCCAGCAGGGCGCUGCCGCCCGAGAAAAGGAACUGGUGAACGUGAAGAAAGGAACCCUGCUCCCUUCAGAGCUGUCGGGGAUCGGUGCGGCCACACUCCAGCAAACAGGGGACUCUCUGGCCAACGAAGACAGCCACGACAGCGACCACAGCUCAGAGCAUGCACACUUAUGAUCCACACAGACAGGACCAGCUCCAUUCUCAGGAAAGAAGCGUCGUGAUGGCAAGCCUUACCCAACAGCGUUUACACAGAGAGAUGGCCAUGGCCGUGAUUUUUAAUAUUAUUAAAUUCAGGCAUCGUGUUUCUGUUUUGCAUGAUUUAUAGAGGGUUUACACUAAGUGCCAAUUAUCCAAGAUGCUUCCAUGAUGAAGAUCAGAAGGUGAAUUUGCUUCGAAUAUUCCAGAGAUAUUUGGUUGUGUGUAUGACAGUGAGCAGGUAUGUUUGCUUUUGCUUGCACUGAAAAAUUAAAUGGCUACCAAGAGCAAAUUAUGACACAUUUCUACACAAGAUGCCUCCAGAGUGAAGACAUUGAAGAUGAACUUGCUUUAAACAUUCCAGAUGUACGAGUUCAUGUUUAUGACUGUGGGCAGGUAUUUGCUUUUGCUUGCACUGAGAAAUUGCUAUCAAGAAUAAAACAUAAAACCUUUUAUCCUGAACAGCCAAAGUGCCUGAGAUCACUCAAGUGGAUUUUUAAAAAGGAUGUAUUUUAACUCUGUAUAUAUUAUCCUUAAGUCAUUUUCCUGUCUUCACUAAUUUUAGCAAUACAUUCAUAUUAGCUGAUGAAAAUAGGCACUGAUAAUGCCAACCAGGCCAGCUUCCUGCCUUUUUAUGCAUUUGUCAUUCCGAGACAGUCCGUAUGUGCUUACUUGUGUACAAGUAGAGAAAAAUACAGUAGAGUCUGAUACGACAUAUUCUUGUACCACAGACAAAACAAAUCUUAUGUUGCAUUUACUAUCAACUGCUGCUAAUACAUUAUUAUACAACUUACCUAGCUCCUCCUCGAUUUUUCCUAUCUUGUAGCUUGAAAAAAAAAAUAGGACCAUAGGCAAAUCAGUUACUUUGUGGAAAGAGCUUUUUUGAGGCAGACACUGUCUGAUUUUAUUUCUGUAAAAUUUUAGCUGUUAUGAAUAUGACUUAAUUAACAAGAAAAUGUUUCUUCCUUCUUAGCAAUGGUGUCAGAAAAGGAGCAAAGCCAAAUGGGCUCCCCAAGGAGAUAGACAAAACAAUUCUGAAUAUCUUCAAAUUAAAUUCAGUAAAAACACGUUAUUUUUAAUAUGUGAUGUAUUCUUGCAGAACAACCAUCUUUGUAUUUUGUAAAAAAUGUUUAAUAAAUGAUCCUUUGUAAAUAA